AUGCGUGAAGAUGUACAUAUUCAUUUUUUACUGUCUAGAGAGAGAAACUUGUCAUGGAAAUUGAUUAGGAUUUGGUUAUAUAGAAGUUGUUUUUUCAGCUCCAUUUUAUUAUUAGUUGGAUUUUCUGCUGUAUUACCAAUUGAUUCUAUUGCACAAGCAUCUGUAUCUGAUAAUAACGCAUUGAAUACUUUUAUUGUGGUUGGUGCCAUAGUUGUAUUUUUUAUUAUUUGUAUUGUGAUCGUAAUCGGAAGGCUUAUUUAUAGAAAGAGUUGUCUGAUUGACAUCCCAAGAAGAUAUUUACCUGUUACAUCAGCAGAUUUACCACAUAAAGAAAGUAGAGAAUAUAUUUUACAAAAUAUGAACAGAUCAAAAGAACUGGGUAUAUAUUUUAAAAAACCGAAGGAUCCAGUAAUUCAUGAUGGGUUGGAACCACCACUAAGAUGUGAUAUACAAUUUCAAGAUCCAAACACAGAUAAUAAAAAUGGUGGUGAUUUAUAUAGAAGGAAACAGAAACAAAGAAAAAGUAAUAGUGGUAGUAAUAAUAGUAUCAUGGCUGGUUCUUUGGGUAAAAUAUUCCCUGAAUAUUUAAAUUAUGAGACAUGUAUGAAAGUUGUAUCUAAUAGGAUAAAAUAUCAGGGAUAUUUUCUUUCAGUAAUUAAUUUUGGGUUUGAGACACAAGAUACGUUCAGCGAUAUUAUUAGGAAACAAUUUAUAGAUGGUAAUGAAACAAACAGUAUUCAAGUUGAAAAGGCUAAAAGAUAUAUUUCCUUAUAUCAAUAUUUACAAUAUUCUGGUAAACCAAUAAAAAGAGAGGAUUUUAUUGAAUUUGUUGAACUCUCAAUAUAUUUCGCUGAUACACUUGCUACAAGUGAUAAAUCAAUAAGAAAUAAUCAUAUUGAUACAUUGAUGAAACUUAAUACUAAAUCUAAUCAAUCUCUUAGAAAUCCAGGAGUUAAUGGCUUCAGUUCCACUAUUCCAUUAGCAAAUAAUAAUAUUGAUAAUGUAAAUCAUAAACAGAUGUCUUCAAAAUCAGCUCGUUUAGGUGAUGAUGAUAUUAAAAUUGCAUCAUUUCCGGAGAAUAAUGAGAAAAUUUAUAAUAACAGGAUUGAUAAUGAAGAAUUCUUACUUAGAAAUCCUUUUGUUUCUAAUAUAAGUGUGGAUAAAAUUUCAAAUAAUAGUUCAGAAUUGGCACCUGAUGAAAUUAGUUAUUUUCCUUCUACUUCUUCGCAGUCAAAAAAUGAGGGUGGAUGA